GUGCUGUACUUAAUCGGCCGCGCUAACGUCACAGACGCAAACACCCACUGACGAUGUAGCCUCAUGCCCACGGAAGCUGGCCCCUCGCCUUCAUAAGCCCCCAGUGUCGACUUGAGCAAAUAGCGCACCUCGAUAUACUCCCUAACUAGAGAGGCACCUCCACUCCCAUGUCGCCGCCGAUGUCUGCCUCUCCCACCACCAUGGAUAACUUCAUCCGCACCAAACUCCAGCCCAGCGGCAGCUGUAUCAUCUGCACCGACCCCUUCAGCGCCUCCCACCAGCCGGUCGCCCUGCCCUGCCACCACAUCUUCGGCCACGCUUGCAUCAAGAACUGGCUACACAACGGCCGCGGUGCCACAAACAACUGCCCCAUCUGUCGCGCCGAGAUCUACCCCUCGGACGGCGGGGCCUUUACCUCCGCCUCCAUCUGGACCGCGCUCUGUGCCGCCUCCCCAGACCGCAUCCACGACUUCUUGUCCGCCCUCUGGCCACGCGUGGCCGCCCUCUUCGCGGACGACCCCACCGGCACCUUCACCACGCGGGACCUCCUCUCUCAAGCUGUUCUCCCCGCGCUCCGGAGCAUGCACAACUCCGAUGCCACAGGCCCCUUCACAGACGCGCACUCCCUCAUCGCCUCAACCUGGAACUCGCUCGGCCGGCCCAACUCCGCCUCCGGCCUCGCCAUCCCCCUCGUCCGCCUCGCCCGCCUCAUGGCGCAGACGUCGUCUAUCCUGCCCAAAUGGAUCACCACCGUCCCACGCACGUCGCUGCUCUUCUGGCGCGCGAACGCCUGCCUCGGCACCUCCUCGUGCGAAAUCUCCUGGGCGCCGCUUGCCGAGGCAGCGGGCCUGGCUAACGCGCGCUACUUCCCCUUCUUGCACUUGUACACCGUCUUGCUUUCCCAGCACAUUGUGCACGCGCGGCCGACACACACUGGACCCUCGCACAGCUCCAUUAUCGAGCGGUGCUGUACGAAGAUUGGCGGGGAGUGGGCGGGCAAGCCGGGCGAUGGGUUCAAAGAGAGUGUUGUCGGUGUGUACGAGGAGUUGCGCCGGCACCAGCUCGAGGAGAAGCGGAUUAGUCUGCGGGGACAUGAGGAGGAGAAGGGUGUGGUGACGGGGUUGUGGGCGAUGGCGGGGUGGCGGAGGGAGGAUGCGCGGAAGCCGGCGG